AUGUUCAAAUUCCCAGGGGUUGCAUUUAUAACUGGCGCCGGUGGAACAGGUAUCGGAGCAGCGGUGGCCAGAGGCUUCGCCCGGUCCGGCUGCUCGAGGAUCGCCAUCACCGACCUGAACAGGAAGUCACUGGCAGCCACCCGGGACUCGAUCCUUCAGAUCGACCCCAAAGCUCAGGUCGUGAGCCAGGAGGGAGACAUCUCGGACGAGGGGUUUGUAAACUCGUUUGUACGGGACGUCGCCAAGACGUUCUCGCGCAUCGACUACUCGGUGAGCUGUGCCGGAAUUCUGGGCGAAUCGCUACGGUCGCAUGAGACACCAACCGCUGCUUUUGAUCUCAUCACGAAUGUCAACUACAAAGGCACCUGGCUGGCCUCCCGGGCCGUGAUUGGCCACAUGCUACGGCAGCAACCACACGAGGACCACCCUGACCAGCGGGGUGCCAUUGUCAACAUUGCCAGUCAACUCGGCGUAGUGGCGCGGCCAGCAGCUGCCCCUUACUGCGCAUCAAAGGCAGCAAUUAUCAACAUGACUCGGUCCGACGCCAUCGACUACUCCCAGAACGGCAUUAGGGUGAACUGCGUCUGUCCCGGCGUGAUCGCUACUCCAAUGACAACGGCAUCAGACGAGCUGAUCCAGAGGCUGAGACCGGCGAUCGACAUUGCACCCAUGAAACGGAUGGGGACGCCUGAAGAGGUGGCCAAUGCAGUCCUUUUCCUAUGCUCAAGUCAAGCGUCUUUUGUUCAGGGUCAUGCAAUGGUGGUGGAUGGAGGGUAUACGAUCAAUUGA